AUGGUCCUACGUCUCAAAUAUCAUGGUAUUCAGACAGCCAGGGCAGGUGAUAUUGAAACUGGCAGUAUCACGCAAUUCGAGCAAUUUCUGCGUACGCAUUCCGGCCAGCAUGAUGCGAUCCUAGUUGCUCUGGCUAAGCCUGACUACGACACCCAUGCCACAACCAAGCGCCUAGCAGAUCUUUACUAUGGCGCAAACUGGAUGGAAGAUAUGCGAGACAUGGUCCUGGAAAGGCUUCGAGCUUACCGAUCCACGUCAAGCAAGUUUCCGUCUGCUGUUCUCUUCUACCGCGAUGGGAUCAGUGAGUCAAUGUUCGAAGAAUGCGAGAAUAGGGAGAUCCAAGCCAUUCGCGAUGCGUUUAACGCCUUUGGGAAGGAGCAUAAUCAUCCUAAUCUCAAGAUCAAAUUGACCUUUGUCGUCGUGGGAAAGCGACAUUCGACGCGCUUUUAUCCUAGGGAUAGGCAAUUUACCACUCGUAACGGUAAUCUGAAACCGGGACUUCUGGUCGACGAGGUCAUCACAUCGUACAUUGCUGACCGACUUUGCGACCGUGGACGCCACUACCUCCGCUUGUGGGAGCACAGCAAAAACUUCGACCUGCCGCGCAAUGAUCCUAAAACCGGUCAGUCCUGGAAUGAGGACGGGAUCAAGAGAUGGAGACGGGAGAUGGCGCUGCGACUUGCUAGAGGAGAGCCGUUAUCGCCUACGAAUAAUGAACCAGUCUAG